UGGUUUCAUUUUUCUCCGAGUGUACUUGAAUGCAUCUUUAGUCCGGACCAGGGGGCGUAGGUUUGACCGGCUUCUACGAGGUUCAGACACAAUGAACCGUCAGCCGGAGUGGUGUGUAUUUGUUGGCUUAGUGCUUUUAGUUCGGUUUUAGCACAUGGUUCCUCUCUUUUGUGCAUUUCUUGGGCUUCUUACGAUUUUUUUUAACACGACCGAUACCCUUUAUGGCGGUUACAAAGCUCAACUGGAAACGGUUGGUUUGUCGAGUUUGAUGAAAACGAGGUCUGGAUCAGAAAAACAGUUUCUGCCCCUCCUGGUGGAUUUGUUUGUUGCCUUUUCUCGUUUUAGUUAACAAAAAACCAAGGACGAAAACAAUGUCGUUGACGGCCUCCUCCGACUAUUUCGCCGCCGAGUGUCUGGUCUCCAUAUCUAGUGGUCCAGUGCUGCACAGACCCACCCCAGUCGCACCCGCCAGCCAGCCAGCCACGAUGGGCCUGCUCCCCAGGGAGCCCGACGGGACGAGCGAGGAUCGGGAAGUGCGGGAGACACUACGGCUCGAAGGGGCCAACAUGAUGGCGGUGGCCGGUAUCCUCACUGACCUACAUGGUAAGUUCCGGCCCAUGUCUGCCUACUCCGAGAGCAGCAACUCAUCAUGUGGUGGGGAGAGCGGCUACACCACGUUGUCCGACCCGACCACCCCUACCAUGACCCCCUCCGCUACCCCGGUGCCGGGACAGCAGCUGAGAGGGGGAGGAGGCGUGGGGCCCCCGCGGUCUCCAGUGAAGAGACACCAGUGCACUUUUGACGGAUGCGACAGAGUUUAUGGGAAAUCGUCCCACCUGAAGGCACACAUCCGGACACACACAGGUGAGAGGCCUUUCCCAUGCACUUGGCCCGACUGUGAGAAGAAAUUUGCUCGCUCGGACGAGCUCGCCCGCCACACUCGCACCCACACGGGCGAAAAGCGCUUCCUGUGUCCACUGUGCGAUAAGCGCUUCAUGCGUAGCGACCACCUGAUCAAGCACGCCCGCCGUCACCCCGACUUCGAGCUCUCCAUGUUAAAACGCAAGGGUGCAUCCCCCACUCCCACCCCGGCCGUACGGCAUUAGGAUGGUCAGGUCCUCCCGUGUGCAGGGCCUCAACGGGGAAAACACGGAACACCAAUAUUUUCCAAGAUUACCAGCUACAAUCACGGCCCACAGAUUAAGGAUGAUUUUUCUAUUUAGUUUUCCAAUACACCACACCUGCACGGGCCAAGCAGCCUCGACUCCGGCCACCGAGAUGAGUCACGUGACCUUUUGUGGUCUGGUCAUUACAACUAGGUUUGGCUUUCACAAAAUGUUUUUUGAAUUUUCAAGAACGGAGGAUUUCAACGUUUUCUUCAGUUAUUGUGUUCUCUAGGCAAUUCUGUGAUCUCUGCAUUUUCAGUUACAUUCCUGGUUAACAGUUGUAUCAAACCACGUGUCUAAUGUUUACUGUAGGGCAGACUGGAGUAACAUACUGGAGUUAUGAUGUCUAAUGCAAACCACUGCGUAAAUCUAUUGAUCGUAUGGUAUAAUCCAUUAUUAUGGUUUAUUCUAGGGCUGUCAUCUAGCGAUUCAUUUUGUGUUAUUAGCAAGCAAGCUAAUGAUAGUCAUUUAAUAUAAGUUAGUUUGGUUGAAAAUGAUUAUGAACGUGAAGUUGGAAUUUGAACUUUAAUCCGCCCGUAAUAAAUAUCAGAGUUUCCGUUUUGGAGGGACAGCCCUACUUUAUUACGACAAAGGAGAAGCUAACGUUCAAACGACCUUGUAGCUCAGUACUGGACAAAAGUACGUUUGUUUAUGCCUAUGAACUUCAGGUACUGCAGGAACCAUUUAUGUCCUGCAGCUGUAAGACCGACCGACUUACAGCACUGGCUUUAAAAACUCAGAUAGUCCAAGCUAAUGUGUAGUCAUGAAACAUGCAUGUGGGCAGCAGAAAAUAUACUUUGUUCAUUUAACAGAAAAUGGCCUGUUUAUGUCAGCUUUUUUUUUUUUUCUUUUCUGUAUUUUCUUCAAAUUAGAUUGAAAGAAAAUACACCCUGAACAAAAGCCCCAAUUUCAAACUGAGACAUAAAAGCGUCGCAGGGUUUUUCUUUCUUUAUUCUUACCAAACACUUGUUUUGUGCUUAUUUUACUGAUCGUUGUGCUUUUCAGUAUCGUUUAUUAACCAUGAUUAGCACAAUGUUGUGAUACUAGGUAGUGAGGCAGUGGCUAGAAGCUUUUUAGCUUUUUUUUUGUAGCUUUUGAGUUUUAUUGGUGACACAUUCCUUCUUUUUUUCCUUGUUAUUUUUAUAUAUAUUUAGAAUUUAAAAUAGAACCUACAUAUGUCUUUUUUUUUUCUCCUGAAAGUGGGUCAAACUUCACUGUAGAAGAGCUGUUUGCACGCCAUCCUCAAGCCUAAAUCAGCUGAUCACUGAUGCAAAUGUAAAUAAGCUUUGAGCUUUUAUCGUAGAAAGAUCUCGACGCUCAUUAGCGGCAAAAAAAAAUGGAUACUUUUGAUGAAUUGUAGUCCUUAUAUUAGGGGUAACAGUAUAUGCUUAAGAUAUUAGAAUGAGUUUGCUUGUGUGUGUCGGUGUGUUUAAUAUUUUUGCUAACAACAGAACUAGCAAGUUGUGUGUGUGAUGAAAAAGUUAGAUGCAAACAAAGAAACUUAAGUUGAGCUUAUUUUUUUUCUGCAGCCUUCAAUAUAAGGCCUUCACACGCUUUCGGCUCAGUAAAACUGGAAUAAAAUGAAUACAGUAACAAUUCCUAUUGCAACCGCGGUGCUCACUAGGAGUCAAAAAUGGCAGGAGUAUUUAGACGGGGGGUCUUUUACCUUUAAAGGUAGGAUAUGCGAGUGUGGCUUCGGCGUCAAUGGGAACAGCAUUGGCAUCCAUCUUGCUUUCCUCAAAGGAGUCCACGGCUCUCAGGAGAUGGUGUCAGUUGAUCUGCCCGGCUGUACGCCCAAACAACACUGUGACAGAAGUACAAUUGUACUGUUAUAUUUCAGUCAUAAGCCACACAUUUAACAAUGUGAAUCUCCUGUUCUCUCCUCAAAUAAUACUUCACUCAUGUUCUCCAAUCCAAAUAGUUGUUAACUCUUGCAUAUUCUACUUUUAGACGCAGCUAGCAUCAGCAGAGCCUGUAUAAUAAAACUGGUUAAAAAUACCAGUCCUUCAGGUUGAGGCCCUCUCCUGUUUAUGAAGGACUCAAUUUUGCUACGUCGAUUAAAAAAAGGAAUAGUUUUCUGGUUAUAUGAGCUAAGUCAAGAGAUUUUUCUUCACCAUUUUGUGUGCGUUUAUUAUCGAGCCUUUCAUGCACAUCCUAAUUUUAAACGAACUGCAGCUAAGAAUGUCACCACAUUCAUGUUGGGUGAACAAAAAUGGCUGCCAAGGUAAUAAAAUAAACUGCUGCUGCUGUGUUUUUGGAAGACAAAAAAAAAGGAAAUGAAAAAUAAAACCCUGUCGGGUCUGUUGGAGCAGGUUAGCGCCUAAAUAUAGCCGGAUUAAUAGCAAAACUAACGCUUGACUGAAUUAAGCAGACUGCAUGUAAAAGACGCCGAAAGAAAGAUAUUGAAAAUCCAAGUGAGCUAUAUAUGGAAUCCAGGUCUCCUCACUGUCCAAACCUUUGGACGUACUCCUUUUAUCUCAGUGAACAACAAAUCUUCAGGAAACUCUGAAAAGCCUUAAACUAUGUUAUAACUACUUUGCACCAUGUUUACAGUUGAAUCAUUGUAUAGGUUUAUAUAUAUAUAGAUAUAUUUGCCCAUGCAUGGGCUCUUGACAGAUACUCAUUAUGUAACAUGGCACUUUUUCUUACAGGUGUAUCUGGCUGAAUAGUGUAAUGGCUUGCACUGUUACUAUGCUUCCACUAGUGAGCAUCGUGGAACUUUGCUGAUGUGUGUUAAAACCGAUGGUUUGUAAAACUGUCCUUUUUUGUCCAAGUGCUUUAGAAAGCAUGUUUGAAAAAAAGAGAAGUUUUUUUUUUUUUUUUGAUGUUUUAAUUUUAUUUCAAUGUCUUUGUAUUAAUUCAGGCCGUCAUUUGCUCGUGGAAAUUGUUGAAUUUAAAUUUUGCAGUGAUGUUCUUUUUUUUUUUUUCCUUUUACUCCACACACUUCAUUGAUGCUAUGGUCCAUAUGUAAGAAAAGGAAUGGGUUGGUCUGGUUGCAAAUAAUAUUGUAUAUUGAAGAGGUAUAUCAGAAGUUCUCCACGUGUUUCAGAAACGGAAAGAUAGCUUAAUUUUUUUUCUACUAAAUGGGAUCAGAAUUAAAAAAUAAAUAAAAAUGCUGAUCUCUCAAUCUCCGAAUGACAUUUUCAAUGGAAAAACACCAUUAACUCUCAGAACAAAGCUGACAUCAUCGAUCCAUGGGAAUCACUGGUGAUCACUCCCAAAACAAGUGGAGAUUUCCUACGUUGUAAAAGUGUUGCAUUUACAUUAUUACUUUUGCAACCAGCCAUCUCUGUCCAUUUCAUAUAUAUAUAUAUAUAUACAUAUAUGACUAUUUUUGUUCCUGUUAACACCCUUUCUAUGCGCCAUGAUCAAAAGUGACAAAACCUCAGGCACCCUCCACAUCCGUACUUCAAACCGACACAUCCUGCCAUUUCAGCAUCAGUCUGUUCACUUUCACUGGAGCCGCUGUAACUGAAGCAACUGCAUUCCUUACAUGGAGUUCUGUACGCAUUUCUACAGAGACAGUUUAUGGUCGCUGCUGGCAGUAGCCUCAAACACAUGGACCAAUGAUCACACACAAAAUACCUGUAUUUUUUUUUUCCUCGAAGCCUUCACACAGAAUCGUAUCCUUCCAUGUUCUGUCAGAGAUGGAAGGUACUCCUCAGUCAGACUCUCUCUCUCUUUUGAAGGUUCUAUUAUUCACUCAAGAAGAACAUACCUCACUUUCUCUGUUUCUGUAUCUGUUCAGCAUCCAUCCAAACAGUUCAUGAGAAAUCCACAUAAAGCUAUUAGGUUUCAGGAAUUACUUUUGAUCAGCUCGAUGGUCUGUAAUGUAGCUUUUUUUUUCCCCUCGUAUUGUGUUGACUUGUUAUCCCAACAUCACUACUGCCUGUGUAAUAGCCUAAUUCCUUUUAGCCGCAGUGAGACAGUGGUUUUUUUUUUUAAAUCCACUUUUUCAAAGAGGGGCAGGGGCUGAUCAUUUAUUUUAUUUUGUAAAGAAUGUUGUUUCACUGCAGACCUAAAUGGAAAAAAAAAGCUCAGUCCAAAUUUUUGUGUUUAUAUCACUGAUGUCAGAUGAGAAAAUGCCCACUAUGGAUUCUGUUUUCCUUCUGCGCUGCCUUGUUGAGAGAAAAAUAAACAUUUCUCUUUACCACACUAAUUCAGAUAUGCACAUUGUACAGUAAAGAAGAAGAAAAAGUUUUUUAAAUUAAUGCCUAAUUUUUACAUUGGUGUAAUUUUAAAAACUCCUCCUGCGAGAGCUUUAGUUGAGGUAAAACGGGAGGAAACUGUGGAACUGAACAUCUUUGCUGCAAAAAGCUGUAUCGAUAUUUAUAUUCUCAGGUGUCUUAAAUUUCCAGCAUCGGACUUUCAAUAAUAUACUCCGCAAAACACCGAAGUACAAGCAUGUAAAAAGUUUUGUUAUGGUGAUUAAUUUAUUACGAGAAAAGUAUCAUUUGUGUGGUUUAAUAAUCUUCAUAAUUCACCUUGACAUGGAACAGUACUAAUAUGAAAGAGUUCCAUCGUUUGCUUGACAUGAACAUACCAGUGCUUUUUUUAAAAUAAAGAUUCUUAAGUUAA